GGCGAACCUGUCUUGUUGGAACUUUGCGGAAAUAUGUGAAGAAACACUAGGUUUGUUGUAUUUAUUAAUGCAAACAUGGCAGUGGGAGGGCUGGUGAGAAAACUGUUCAGUUUCCUGAUGGUGUUGCUAUCUCCCCUGAAACGACUUAUGUGUUGGAUGGGACGACGGCGAAAGAAUUCAGGGACAAUUCUGCCUUUAGCCAAUCACUAUCCUCCUCCUGAUAUAUCUCAGAGUGUACCCAGCAAUGAGACUGAGCUUGAACCUUGGGACAGCUGGGGAGGGGGAGACAAUUCAGCCAAUCACCAGUACAUUGACAGUAACCCCUCCCAUCAAGAGGAGGAGACAGAAGUGGAUUUCUUUCGCGAUAUGAAACCAGAAGUUCGGAAAACCAAAAAAAUAUUUAUACGUAAGAAAGAGGAUCCUACCCCAAUGUAUCAGUCUGGGUUGUCUAGUCGACUGGCUAUGACCUCAGAAGUUCCAGCAACGGGCCCUGAUCUGGGAACAUGGGAUGAGUCGGAGAAUGCUUGGGGAGAGGAGAUCAGAGAAGAUUUAACCUGGGAGGCUCAGGCAGCGAUACGGGAGAAACGUAAAGCUGAGAGGGAGCAGAGGCAUUUGGCUCAGCAGAAAAAGAAAUACGAGCGAGAAGCUCACAAAAUGAACAAAAGAGACACCCAUUUAUCAGCUGUGAAACUGUCAUGACACAGGUGGAAUUGAUAUCCUUGUGUACGGCAGUGAUUUGAGGGCUGUCUGGUAUGUCCUUGAGUGUCGUCCAAAACGGUGGUUUUAUAUUACUUACACUGUAAAUAAAUUCUCUUGGGAGUUUGGUGUAACUGUGUUGGAAGCUGAGCUUAAACCUUGCUGAGAAUACUCGGUAAACUGUGACGUGAACACUGAGUUAAUCUUGAUGAGAAAGCUGUGUGAAUAUAGAUGGUAAAGCUGGAUGAAUCUCUAGGGGAACACUGCAUGAAUCUUGAUGGGAACACAGGGUGUACCUUGAUGGGAACAUUGGAUGAGUCUUGAUGGGAAUACUGGGUGUACCUUGAUUGGAACACUGGGUGUACCUUGAUGGGAACACUGGAUGAACCUUGAUGGAAACAUUGGAUGAGUCUUGAUGGGAACACUGGAUGAACCUUGAUGGAAACAUUGGAUAAGUCUUGAAGGAAACAUUGGGUGAGUCUUGAUGGGAACACUGGGUGUACCUUGAUGGAAACAUUGGAUGAGUCUUGAAGGAAACAUUGGGUGAGUCUUGAUGGGAACACUGGGUGUACCUUGAUGGAAACAUUGGAUGAGUCUUUUUUGGAAACAUUGGAUGGACCUUGAUGGAACACUGGGUGUACCUUGAUGGGAACACUGGGUAUACCUUGAUGGGAACACUAGAUGAACUUUGAUGGAAACAUUGGAUGAGUCUUGAUGGGAAACAUUGGAUGAGUCUUGAUGGGAACAUUGGAUGAGUCUUGAUGGGAACACUGGGUGUACCUUGAUGGAAACAUUGAAUGAAACUUGAUGGGAAUACUGGGUGUACCUUGAUGGAAACAUUGAAUGAACCUUGAUGGGAACACUGGGUGUACCUUGAUGGAAACAUUGGAUGAGUCUUGAUGGGAACACUGGGUGUGUCUUGAUGGGAACACUGGGUGUGUCUUGAUGGGAA